AUGAGAGAGUCUCAAGAGAAACCUGUCAUGGAGCUGGAGGAAGAAAGCAGAGAGGUUUAUUUGGUAAUGUGCAAAGAUAUACAGCCAUUAACUGCAAAAGAUUCUUAUCAGAUGGCAUAUAAGGACCAUGUGUAUGAACUGAUUGAAAAGGGAACCACAACUAAAGAUGUACAGAAACCUGAAGUAUCUGAACGAAAGCUGGAAUAUGAGCGAAAACAAUAUGAAAACAUUAAGAAAAAAGAAAAAACUAGACAUAGCUUAUCAAAGAAAUCUCAACCACACACAGCACAGGUAAAGAACAAUGAUUUUUCAUCAGCAAUAGAGAUGAAUGAAACAUUAAUUGACAGUAAGCUGAAACCUGAAGAACAUGUAUAUGACCCAGUUGCUGAAGAUUCCGAGUGGCAUGAAGAACACAUCUAUAAUACAAUAGCAGAAUAUCAGAAUUGGGAAGAAGAACCUGUAUAUGAAACAAUAGUGUCAUAUAGAGACAUCAUGAAGCUAAGAACAGAUAUUAUUGAUACACAGGAAGAUAAGGAACAUCCCAUAAACAUUCCCUUUGGCAAAAAGCAAAUUCCGAAAAAUAGAUUUGUUUCACAGGAUUAUCGGUUUUCUUUUAAUGCUGUUUUAAAUCUGUGGCAUCUCAAUGCUAUUAUUUUUAUUGUCCUCAACAAUUUCAUGAUUCUGCAGUCGGUAAAUGAUGAUAGCUUUAAAUUAGGAUAUGAUGAAGAGAAGAAUGAUUAUGUUUUCUAUGGAGAGUAUAGUGAAAGUGAGUCUCUCCCAGUGUCAGCUCCAAAAGUGCCUACUUCUCCAGAACAGGAAAAAAGAAACCGUCACAGGGCUAAUGUUGUCAAUGAGAUCAUCACCAAAGAGCGAGACUAUGUCAAGAACUUAAAGGACAUCUAUGAGGGUUACUACAAGCAGUGUCAAAAAAAGCCUGAAAUGUUCUCACAGGAUCGACUGUACACCAUCUUUGCAAACAUUGAAAGCAUUUACAAAUUCCAGAAGAAGUUCCUGAAAUGUCUGGAGAGGACGUACAAUUUACAACAACCAUACUUGACUGAGUUUGGCUUCUGUUUUCUCGAUUAUGCUCAAGGUUUCCUGAUCUAUUCUGAUUACUGCAACAACCACCCUAAUGCUGCCUCAGAAGUCAGUAAACUCCUGAAGAUACAAGAUUAUGCCUUAUUUUUUGAGACCUGCCGACUGCACCAGCACAUGUUGAACCUUUCGCUGGAUGCCUUUCUGAUAAUGCCAGUGCAGAAAAUCUGUAAAUACCCAUUGCAGCUCAUGGAGCUACAAAAGGCCACCGAAUCCUGUCACAUGGAUUACAAAAACGUAGGUUCUGCCACAACAGCAAUGAAGAAUAUUGCCAAUGUGAUUAAUGAACGCAAGAGACGAAUUGAAGAUCUUGAUAAGCUCCCGAGGUGGCAGAAUACCGUUAUGAAUUGGAAGGGAGAAGAUCUUUUGGAACGUAGCUCUGAACUAAUCCAAAGUGGUGAAUUAAUUGUGAUCAUGAAGCCACAAGGCAAGAGCAAAGACAUGAUAGUCUUCCUCUUCGACCAUCAAGCAAUCUUAUGUAAGAAGGAUAUUCUACGUCGUGACAUCUUGUACUACAAGAACAGAAUAGAUGUUGACAAUAUUCUGGUGGUAGACAUAAACGAUGGAAAAGAUUGGGAAUUCAAUGUCAAGGUUAAAAAUGCUUUCAAACUUCAAAGUAAGCUUGUAGAUGAUGAGGUGCAUCUAUUCUGUGCAAAGAAAUCUUCAGAGAAACUGCUGUGGCUUCAUGCCUUUGAGGAUGAAAGAAAACUGGUUAGAAAUGAUGAAGAAUCAGGCUUUGUCAUCACGGAAGCCCAAAAACAGAAGGCGAAAAUUCUUGCAAAAAAGCCAAUGAAGAAGAAAAGAGGUGAUUUGCUGAUAUUAAAUAAAUAA